UGAAGGUUGUGUCGUGCGUGGAGGGUGUACGAGGGCCGGCGUCUCUCUGUCUUGAGAGUGACCCACUACAAGUAUCCUGGAGAUGACCCCGAGAUAGUUCUAAAUGUGAGGAAACGGAAGACGUGAAUUGCUUCUACAUCAUGUGAGGGAUAAAAUGCAAACUUAUGCUCAUGAAAACUAUAAAAUACUGAAGUCGAUGGCUACUUGUAAGUGUUGGAUCUCACGACCAGUGUUAAGAUAAGAUUGAGUGUCGAUUAUUAAUCUGUCGCUGGAAAGUGACUUGAAAACAGCCCGCAUUUCUGAUGACUUUUACAAGUGACGGAAACAAUACCUCGGGAUUACAAGGCAUACAGGACUUAUAGUGAAAUGGUGUGGCGCCAGAGAGCGGCGUGAUGAGGUCAGGUCAGUACAAACUGGCGGGGGCCGGGUCAAGGGGAGCAGAGAGCCGGGUGACGGUGGUAGGACACUUCAGGUCCAGCCAGUCCGACCUCCCACCCCCAGACGCCUUCGUCGGCGACUUCCCCCACAUGAACUCACUACUCGUCACUAAAAACAAGCUCUCAGACUCGCGACCCUUUAACAAAAGCUGUGAGAACCUGAGCACCAGUGGCGGCGGCGCCCGCGGUGCUGUAAUGAGGGUGGAACAGCGGGUCAAGAGUCUCCUGCAGAGGGGCGAGUCCCGCCUCAGACACUCUGACGAAGGUGCCCCCGUAGAAGAUGUGUGGCAGUAUGGACACAUAGUGACACUACCCCGCCGACCCCGCCUCUCUCUGGCACUCUCUCACUCAGCCCUACAUCAUCUCUCCUCAGACACAGCCUCCUGUCUUAGUGGCAGCAGCGGUUACUCCUCCUCCUCCUCCAGUAGCUACGGCAGCUUCAAGAGUAGUACUUCCAGUAGCUGUUCCACUCUACCCCGGAAGAAGAGCCGGAGGGAGAGCAGCGCCAUACCCAGCGGAGGGGAUCUGCCUCCACCCCUCACAAGGUCAUGCACACUCGUUGAUAACCCCAUGUAUGACGUCACGCCCGCGACUGACCCUCGUAACUUUAGUCGCAACAAAUCUCCCAAAAGGAGAGGUUCUCCCCCGCCCAGCAACGAGCCCUUGUAUGACCUCACGCCAGACAGCGACCCAUACAAUCUGGACCUCUGCGAGGCGCGUCAGGGCUCCCCCUCCACACACGACCCCAUAUAUGACGUUAUUCCCGGCGGCGACCCUCACAGUCCUUGUCGGGAGUCACUUCCACAGUGUCAUAACAACCAACUCUAUGACCUGACACGACCUUCCCGCCUCCUCACCCCAGACUCUGGCACGCACGGUGGUCUCGACUCCUUGGAAGAAUCUGCUCUAGAUUCCCUAGAUUGCUCUGACCCCCAGAAUGGAAUGCUGGACGAUGAAUUUUUUGAGGAAGAAGACCAGGUGGCCAAAGAAUGUCGCGAAUACUUCGAACGGCGACUCAAGAACUCAGAGACAUUGAAAAAACGAUGGUCGAUGUGCUCGUCUGAUUCCGGCGCCGAUCCCGGAGACAAUGAUGUAUCUGCCACCAGCAUCCCGACCUCCGCCCACCCUCUAAGCAUCGCCUCCAAUACCUCCUCCAUACCAGAUGACUCCAACACCUCCCAUUCGUCAAGUGCCACACAGGAUACCGCUUCUCCCAAGAAGACGCCGCUCGAUCAGAAAAUGGAGUUCCUUCGCAAAGAAAUCGCAUCGCUGAUGAACCAAGACAACGCGCUCUUCCGGCAGCUCCUCACCCUUCACGACUCCAUAUCCGCCCUCAAGACCUCCCCCGCGCACGCCUACCGGCCCCCGUCGCCAGCCUCCCUCGACUCCUUCACCGAAGAGGAGGACGACGAUGACGACGACGACGAGGAGGAGGAUGAUGAUGAUGACGAUGAGGUGGUGGUGGGCAGGACCCUGCAGAAGACUGGAGGCCGGGACGAUAACCUCUCCGAUGUGGACGAAGGCCUGGAAAUGGACCACUCCACUAGCCACUCAACAAGCCCCACCUCCACUCUUUCCUCCAACUCUUCUAGAGACUCCCAGUUCUCACGCUACUCUAAGGUUGAGUAUCACGACCCUCACCACAUUCUGAGUGACUCGAGCAACACCAGCCUCAUCAGUACUAACACUCCCACUGCGCACAUCUCUACUAAGAAUAACAUCAAUGUAAAUUACAGCAGUAUAAAUAAUAAUAUUGAGGAGUGCAACUCCACCACAAAUUUUAGCAGUGAUACUAAAAGAAGAUACAGUAUUACUACUAAUGAAGACUUCAACAUUAACAUUACCAUCAAUAAUGAUGAUUCUUCCACUUUCCCUAGUACUACUUCUCGGCUCUCGAGCAGCACUUCAUGUCUCUCCAAAAGUAGUUGUUAUCUUUCUAACGAAGGCCUAGCCACUGAUGACCUCAACAUGGAUUCACUUCGGGGUAGCCUAGAUAGUUUCAGUGCUCCUGAAGGAAGGCAUUUUGUUCGCACCAGAGUUUCUAUUCCUCCAUCUGCAAGGAAUCGGGAUCGAAGUGCCCGUCCAGAGUCUUUCAGGCUUUCUUCAGAUAUGGCCACUCAUACAAGAGUACUCCUUAAAGCCAGAUCCUUUGCUGGAGCAUCUCUAAGAGAGUCCCCAACUCACAAGAUAAAUGGUGGGAGAACCUUUGCAAGGACAUCUCUACGGGAGAAUCGACAAACUUACCACAGGGAAAAAGGCCAAAAUCAACAAAGUGCAAUGAGCAAGAUGGAGUUUCUACAAGCAAGGUUUGCCAAUACUUUUGGGGCAACUUCCGGUGAAAAUACUUUAGAGACACCUUCAGAUGACUGUGUGAUCAUCAGUUCAAGUUCAAUUCAUGAUGUAACUAGAAAACCUGAAAAAGAAGGUUUUACUCAGGAAUUUACUAACAGAGAAAAUAAGAGUGUCAAUGUGAGAUCUGCAGAGGUUUACACAACUCUCGAAGCAACAAAUAUUGUGAUAGUUAAUAUCCCAAAACCAGAGAAGCAUUUAGAAAACACUAAGGGCUGCUAUAAACAGGGUAAUUCAAAGUCCCCUAAGCAGGCAAGUAUUACAGAGGAUGGCACAUUCAUUUUAGCAGAUGAUGAUUUGUAUAAUAAUAUCACUAACCAGUCUUUGAGAGAGAGAGCACUAUCAUUAUUGGAUCAAGAUAUUUCAUCCCACAAUCCAACGGAAAAAGACCCUGAUACACAUAACCAACCAACACACAAGGUUAGUUUAAUGGUCCCAAAUUCAUACAUUAAUGAAAAUUAUCAAGACUCAAAGCUACAAAAACUCAGGACACGAUCUUUCACUGGCAUGGUAACGCCUUGUGAAAUAUCUCCAGACCAGUCAUCACCCAGGGAAAUUCUCGAUGAUAGCAAAAUUAACAAAAAGGGUACCUUAAGUUUAAGAAUUACUCAUGAUGCAGAAUCUAAAAGAAUCAGCCGUGUGGCUACAAUGUCAAGAAGGGCACAAAUAACUCGUGAUGGCUAUGCUUUUCGUUUCUCCAGUGACUUGGGACUGGGAGCAUCCUCAAAGGUAAAUCCUAAAUCAAAGAGAGAAGUAUUUGUUUAAAUGUGCAGUAUACUACAGUAUUCUGAAAAUUAACAACUUUAAUAUUUUUAUUUUAGUAAAUGCUCACAAAAUAUUCACAUACAGUACUAAUCAAUGGAUCAUUUGCUAAUAAUGUAUGAUACACAUCAUGCUAUUGUGAUUUCUGUGUAUUGAAGUGAGGGCAAAGAGGUAAACAGCUUGUUGGCAGAGCCCGAGUGCAUGGGGGAAUUGUGUAAAACCCUGGUUUGUGUCUCGGAGAGGCUGCAGGAUCCGUGUGAAGUCGGUGGAAUUCUCGGUUGCAAUUCUUUUGACCAUGUCGUGGCCUAGUCAACUAAGGCAGCGUCUGGGAUCAUCCCGGGCGUAAGUUCGAACCCUCGUCACGACCCUUGUGGAUUUGUUCUUAUGAAAGGUUAUUUCUGCUGUCAACAGAUGGCUCUUGGAACUUAAAUGAACUACUGUACUGUACUAAAUACAGUCCCUUUUUCUUUGAUACAAAUAUUACCAUACUGGAUGACAUUUUUAAAAAGUUUAAAUGAAAUUACAGAUCAGAUUUUUUGUUUUGGUGCAAUUAACAAUUUCUAAAAUAAUAGAAUAAGAUUUAACUUAUAAAAUCACACUUAUUUGUAAUAAAGUGUAAAUACCUGCAGUGUCAUAGUGUACAUAUAACACACUAGACCACAUGUAGUGGCAAAAUUGGUUCCCGAAUACGACAUUGUGAAUGACUGACACCAUUUUUUUUUUAUUCUAUGUCUGCAACUUUUUCUAGCUUGUAAAAUAAUAUUUUUGCAUAUAUUGUAUGGGGAAAAAUAGCUGUGAGGAAAUGUAGCCGCAUGGUAAAAGGUUAACGUUAGGUGAAGAGGCUCUCUCAUAUGGUAUUGGUCACAAUCGUAGUUUGUGAACUUAAGAAUGGCAAUGUUAGGAGGAAGUGCUAUUAAAAAUUAGUGGUGCUCGCAACUAUAUAAAGUAUUAUACAGUACUUCAAAAAUAUUAUUACAGGAUUUCUUUUAAUUAUUAACUUCCUUUUUAUUUUAGGAUCUGACUUUAAGAAUCAUUCAAGGCCAUUUCAUCUAUACAGUACUGUCAAAUACAAAAAUAUCAUACAUACUAAUUCUUUAGCACUUCGUUGAUUUUGUUUAUAUAAAAAUGGGCAUAUUCAUUAAAAAUACUGUAUUUUGAAAAAUGAUGUUUAUAUAUACUUGCAAGAUCAAUCUAUACACAUUUAUGUGAUAAAUGUUGAUUCUUUCUUGUAAUCCCAAGAGAGCCAUGAGCAUUUUCUAGUGUUCUUUGUGUGACAUUAACAAUGUGUCCAUAGCCUCGACCCAGAUAAAGUGAGUUUUUUAUCUAAGGCAUAGUGGGGAUCAGAGACUAGGAUAAUCUUCCAACUUAAUACAUUUCUGGUCUUGUGUAUUGAGCAGGCUUUAGUAUAUUACUAAAAUCUUGUACUCAUUUAAGAUUACAUUUGUGCAUCGACUGCAUUGUUGAACAGAUUUGUGUGCAUUCUCACAAUCGGUAACCAUUUACUAUUAAUGUGCGCACGAACUGCAUUAUCAGUCUUUCUUAUGUCAUUCAUCAUAUGUAUGCAACUGAUAGAUCUCACUUAAUAAUAUUUUAUUACUGCAGUUUUGUAAACUUUCAUUAUUAUUAAUAUUUCCUUUAUUAUGAGUGAUAUUGUAAAUUCAGUCAUGUAAUUAUUUAUAUCUAAAUUUUCUUUCCCAACAUUUUGUUUCAAUUUAUGGUUCAUAUUCCAUAUAUUUUUAUUCUCAUUCACUUCUUCAAAAUUAUUUAGUUUCUUCUAUUCAAAAAGAGCUUUUAAUUAUUCUUCAAACAAGGCGUCUUGAAUUGUAUUUCUUCUAUGUACUAAAAUGGCUUUUAAGUGUACUGUACAUAUAUGUACGAAUGCUGAAAAAAGUGUUAAAUGUGUGUGUGUUGGAAUGAUGGAAAACAGAAAAACCAUUCACACACACAUGAUCAGAUACAUUGGACUGAGCAUUGUCUAAUAGUAUUUAGCAGAAAUAAUUGCUUCAUCUUUGUAUAUAUCUGGCUACAAAUGGAAACUUGUCCACAUAUAGUAAAUCUAGUUUUAAAUAACCUGAAAAAUUGUGUACAUAUAGACAUGUAAUCUAUGUAUAUUAAUAUUUAAGGUUGUAUAUUGUGCUGAAUGGAACAAUAAAUCUAGGAAAUAAA